CCUGAGCAUUCUUCUACGCAAUACACAAUACAUUGAAGACAAAGAAACACCAUGGGAGAAAGAGUGAACAAUUUCCCCCCUCUGCCCCGAUUCAUCCCCCUGAAGCCAUGUUUUUACCAGGAUUUCGACGAGGAAAUUCCACCCCUUCACAGAACCACGGUCAAGCGUCUUUACUACCUCUGGAUGUUGAAUAGCAUCACCUUGGCAGUCAAUCUGAUCGGUUGCCUUGCAUGGCUGAUUGGAGGAGGCGGAGCUGUUAACUUUGGACUGGCAAUCCUUUGGCUUAUUCUCUUUACACCCUGCUCCUACGUCUGCUGGUUUAGACCUAUUUACAAAGCUUUCAAGACGGACAGCUCCUUCAGCUUCAUGGCUUUCUUCUUCACCUUCAUGGCGCAGCUCGUGAUCAGCAUCAUUCAAGCCGUCGGCAUCCCCGGCUGGGGAGUUUGUGGCUGGAUUGCAGCGAUCUCUUUCUUUGGGACCAACGUGGGCGCGGCUGUUGUCAUGCUCAUUCCCACCAUCCUCUUCACAGCCAUGUCAGUGUUCUCCUUCAUUGCUCUCAGUAUGCCUGAAAUCUGCCCUUCUUCUGGGCUGGGCAUCGUCUACACUACGGGCUUCAAGAGGAUGAUGAGGCUGCUCGGGAGGGGGAACCCCAGGGCCCCAGAAUUGUCCGGGGAAGGGACCCCCCCGGGAGAAGCUGCCUUUUGCUCUGAUGGGCUCACGGUGUGA